AUGCUCAUCACUGCAAGACGCGACAAGGACUGCAAGAGGCAGAUGUACUCGGGGCAAAUGAGUCUGGAGGAGGAGCAGUUGAGGGUGCAACUGAAGGAAGACCUCUGGAUGGAGUUGCAGGCUUACAUAAACUGCAAAACUCCACUGGAGCAGGAUGCAUUCGUGCUGCACCAGCGGAAACAUAAUGUCGCCACAAUUCUAAGGGAAGUCCUCAAGUUCAGAGUAAACAUCCAGCCGCCGUUCACUUCAGAUAUUCCUGUAGCAGCAUCAAAAGCGUCAACCAAUAGCAGCAGCAGCAGCAGCAACAACAACAACAUUGGAUGCUGUUGCGACAUCUUCGAAGCAUCUCUGCUGGACAAGAUCCCCACUACUAAAAGCAUCAUUGGCGCCUGUCUGAACAGAGAACUUGACAUCUUCACGCAGUCGUUAGAGCAAGUUAUAAGACUUCUGUAUAAAAUAACGUUCGUGGAAUCUCUUUACCCGACCCAGAAAUCCCUCUGGAAUGAUUUGUCAGAGAAUUUAGGUUUUGAGUUGAAUGAAAUGGAUGAACUUAAGAAGAGAACGGAAGUGCUGUACUUGUGGUUCAAUGUUACGAGAAUCCUUUUCGAGCAGUUAAAAAACGUUUUCGAUUUAGUGACGACCAGUAAGCAGAAGGACUUUUCAUUGUGGUCCUGCGUCGACUCCGAGAAGCUGGAUAAACUGCAAAUGCUCUUCAGUGAUUUUAACAUCAGGAGGUUGAAAUGCGACUUGAGUUUCGAGGAGGUCAGUAUUAACGAUAAUAAUAACAAUAACAAAGGCCAAAGUUCACUUGAGAAUAACAUUAGUUGUGGCAAUUGCAUCAAUAAAAAUCACAACAAUAACAAGGUCGGUGAAGACAACAGUAAUAUAGUUUUAAAUUUGCUGGAAGAUAAUAAUGGAGAUCACGACGUGAUAGACACCGAUAAUAAUAAUAAUAAUAAAAAUGAUAAUAAUUCCACACAGUUAAAGCCAAAUGAUGGCAAAACAUUCAGCCGGCAGUUAUCAAAGUCCGUAACUUUCCAGCAAUCAAAACUUUCAUCAUCGCAGUCGCUAUCCCAACUCAGCUCAUCUUUGCAGCAGCCGGCAUCCUCGCUCGACCACCAAUCGUCCAAGUCGUCCAUCACCAGUGCGGAAAGUUUUGAGAUGCUGCCCAACUCGACGACUUCCAUUUACAGGUGGUACGUUGACCGGGCUCUCAAGUGGACUGGUCUCAGGAAGUUCUCCAACAGGAUGAAGAAGGUUUUAUACAGGACCCUCGAAAAAACCAGGGAUGCAUUAUUCCACGAACUUAUAUCUCCUCCAACACCAUUAACAUCACCAUCAAGACAGCAACUACAAUCAUCAUCUUCGUCAUCAUCGUCGUCGUCGUCAUCAUCUUCGUCAGCAUUUUCAACACCGUGUUCAAAUCUUGAUUCCCUCCUCCCACUGAAGACCAUGCAUUCAAACAUUGAAUCGACAUCAGGACCUCCUCCAUACCAUGCAGACGUUGCUGGCAAUCAAGUAACUCAAGUAGAAAAUACUUCCAAUAAUUCCACAACUUGUUCAACUGUGGAUGUCCUAUUUGACACUACCACAAUUUCAGAAGCUACUUCACAUACUGUUUCAUCAACGACGUCUUCAACAACCACCGACUGCAUAGCAACAUUUGUCAAUCGACCUACUACAUCUGCUGCAACAGCUUCAACAACAACAACAGCACAGGGUACGACAGAAAGUACAAAAAAUUACUUGGCAGCCAUGCAGUUACCUUCAUUCAAGUACUUGUACUUAUUUCUGAGUCGAGUACCGCUGGACAUCAUUCACGAGUGCCUCAAACUGAGAUUGGAUGAACAGCCAAAGAAGAAACCUUCCAUUGAUAUUUUAAAGCCGCUGAUCCACGAGUGUAAGGAGACACUUAACGCCUGUGUGGACAUGAAGAGGUACUACCUGGAACUCAUCUGCCAUCUCGAAACUGGACCUCAACAUGAAAUUGAAAUGGAAAAGUUCGAAGACGACCUCGUCAAGAUGUUAAGUGUAUACUUUGAGUACAUGCAGAGCUUCAUGACCAUGCUGCAGCAGUGGACAGUGCAGAUGUCCAAGGAGCUGAAGAACUUCCUGGAAGUCGAGUGGGAGUUCUCAAAAGUUGUCUGUCCACACAUUCGCAAUGGAGAAGCUGAUGCCGGCAUCAAAUUCUGCACGAUGGCCUACAGUUUGAUCACAUCAAUAUCAGACUUCCUUGACUCCAAGAUAGAUGAGUGUAGUCAGAAACUCUUUGCUUGCACCAACUAUCACUCCAUAAAUAAUGACGACGAUGACGCUAAUGACGAUGGAGAAGAUGGCGACAAUGAUGAUGAUGGUGGUGAUGAUGGUGAUGAUGAUGAGGAGGAUGAGAAGGAUGAAGACGAAAGUGAUGUGGUCAUCCAUAAAAGCAAGUCGUCGGAAUUUAGACAGAACAUGAGCCAGCUGAGUAGAGACUUAAAGAUUUAUUUCAACGAAGCUAGAGAUACAUCAUUGAAGGCCCUAUCCUUUGCCAAGAUGCUUAUCAAGGACUUAGAAGUGGCAGCCAACUACAGGGCCACUGUGUCACAUGCUCAACUGCUUGAUAUUCUCUGUCGAAACAAUUUUGUUCAACUGGUGUUUGAGGACAGCACGGAUUACAUGGUGUUCGUGCCUGAGUACAUAUCAAACGACGUCAGAUGUUUGAGUCGCCUCCUCAAUGUUUCCUGUGGCACUGACGUCAGACUUCUGCGCAAACUUGAAUCCUCUGCUGGCAGUGGCAUUGAAAGCGAUGAUGUCAUCAACAACAAUGGCGGCAACAGCAACAACAACAGUAUUGUUCCCUACGAAAAAUUGCCAACAAACACCAACAACAACGGCAACGCUCCUAACAAAAGCCAGCGUGGUAGCAAACAUUUGAACCUGGCCAAAAGUUUCACAGCCACCAGCGACAGCAUCAAGAAGGAGUUCACGAAACAGAGGAGCGUGGGGCUGGCCAACAGUCUGGAGGCCAAUCCCUCUUGCGUUUCAUACUUCUCCAACUCCAGCACCUACUCGGGCAACGCCAGGUACCUCAUCAUUGUCAAGAAGAAAUCUUUCAGAAGUCGCUACCCUCACGAUGAUGAUGUUGUCGAUCACCAGGACGACAAUGAUGACGUUUGUGGAAAUGGAGAAACUAAGAAGGGAGGUAAACGAGUUAUGUUUGGCGAUGACGGUGAAGAUGACGACCACGAUGAUGAAAUCACAGAUGAGGAUGAUGAUGGUAAGGAAGAUGAUCAUCGUAAUGCAAACGUUGCAUCUGGUGUUACUGACAACAACAAUGGUUACGCUGGUGAUUGGAAAGGUAAGAAGGUACCGUUUGAACCAAAUGCUGAAGCUACAAUUGCUCUGGCCUACAUCGAGAUAGAUGGAGUGUUGUUAGUUUCCAUGCACUCCUUGGAGCUACCUCAAUGCAGACAGAACUUUGAAAGGUUAACGGCAGGCUGCGUGGUCAUGAAGAACGAGCAAAUGUCCUGCCAUCAGUCCAUCUCCUUAUCUCUCAACGAACUCAAGUGGCUGAACAAUGUACAGGGUGGUGCUCUCGAGCUGAGAGACAGACUGGCAGAAGGGAUGACGAGGAUAAGUGAACGGAUGAUGGAGAUAGAUGCGGACGAGAUGGAGAGAGCGGACGUGCUGAAGACCAACAAGCAGACCAUUCUCCACUGCUACAGCUUUGCCUUCGAGUACCACAAAGAAUUAUCUCGCCUGGUGUCAGGAGAGAUGCGACACGAUCUUUCAAUCAAGAUGAUCAAGUUCGCCGACCAGUGGAUGGCGUUUGCCCUGUCCUGCGAGAAGGGCAGGGGCAUCAGACCAAGGUGGACGCAACCUGGAUUUGAUUUCUUGAAGUUUGUUUGUGAUCCCAGGAACACCAGCGCCAUCAAGGAUGAUGAGUUUAAGGCCUUCACCCAGCGCAUCGACAGCUGCAUCAGUCACGUCGUCGGCACGAAGCCGGGUUUCAGUCCAGACAUAACGAAUCAGAAGCCUUUGAUGCGCACGUCUGCAUCGGCCUCACCGGCCGUCAUCGGUGGCAGUGGUGGCUCAGGUGGCAGACGGAUGUACGCAUCUCCUUCCCGAUCGCUCUACAGCCUCAGUUCAUCGCCCUGUCUCAGGACCUCCCCAUUCACCAUGCAGAGAGCGUCCAUCCCUGGAGACCUAUCAGACGCCGACAACCACCCAACGACCCCCAUGUCGGCAGGGUCGAUGAUGGUGACGCCCUCAUCGUCGUCGUCGUUAUCACAUUUCGGGCUCUGGAAGCGACCACCCAGGAAGCAGGUUUGCCUGGAUGCUGUGAGGAAGGUGGAUAGAAAGAGGGAUGAGAUGCUCACUGAGAGGAAGGUCAUAGGUCGAGUGACUGACCGGAAACAGGAAGCAGACUUCAGCAUCCGAGUGAGGAAGGUCAAGUUUAAGUGGCAAAGAGGCAUCAAGAUUGGAGAAGGUCAAUUUGGAAAGGUGUACACAGCCAUCAAUCUUGAUAAUGAUGUCCUCAUGGCCGUCAAAGAGAUAAAGAUCCAACCGAGCGACUACCACAAGUUGUACGAUGAGAUUUGCACACUGGAGAGUAUCAAACACAAGCGACUUGUUCAGUAUUAUGGAGUGGAGUUGCAUAGGCUGAUGCAGGGCCGCCGAGAGCCAAACCGGGCCCCAAACUACCUACAAACACGUAAAACCUACCAACUGUUUAUUUCAUACAUUUAUUUAGAGAAAUGGUGA